AUGACUCGCAGGCGGAACAAGGCGGCGGCCGCGGCCGGGGCGCGCAGGGAGCGGGCGGGGGGAGCCGCCCCCCCCGGGCCGCCCGCGCCCCCCCCGGGGCCCGGCCCCGCGGAGCCCCCCGAGGCGGCGGCGGGCAGCAGCGCGGAGCCGGGCAGAGCCCCGCAGGUGCUGCCCACUACCAACCAGUCCGUGCAGACGUGUUGCUUGCUAUGCCACCGAGAGCGCAAAGACUGGGGAGGCCCAUCUCACAACGGGCUGGUCUCCCCGGGCGAGAGGCUGCCUCCAGACUUCGUGCCAACGCUCGUGCAAAACCUGCUGGGAGAAAUGCCGCUGUGGAUCUGCCAGAGCUGCAGGAAGAGUGUGGAGGAGGAGGAGAGGCGGGCUGUCCAGGAGCAGGCCUUGGCGGUCUCGUUAUCGCACACGUCCUGCAAGUCCCAGUCUUGUGGGGGUGGCUCCCACUCCUCAUCUUCCUCAUCAUCAUCCUCUUCCUCCUCCUCGUGCCACGGGAACUCCGGGGACUGGGAUCCCAGCUCCUUCCUGUCUGCUCACAAACUGUCGGGCCUCUGGAAUUCCCAGCAUGCCAACGGAGCCACGCAGGGCAGCCCCUUAGGGGGGCCCCCUGCUGCACUAGGUGACAAGCACCCCAGCCUCCCGCUGGCUCCGGAGUGCAUCGGCCAGGCUCCUGCUGCGGCGCCCGGGCUCAAGGCCUGUCCCUACAGCCACGCCGUCCCUACAGCUUCCAGCGGGGCUGCCCCCGGUUUGCCUCUGCCUACCUCACUCGACUUCUGUAAGACGCUUCCCAAGCAGUUCAAGAGCAUGUGCCGCAGGCCCACCCCGCCAGGUGAGGCCUUCCACUCCUUGGACCAUCACCGGCACCCGGACCUCGCCGCUCCUCCCAACAGCCCCACUGGGCUCCCCUCCCAGCCACCGGCGCUGAUCUCCACCAAGCAGUCACCCGCCCACCCGAACACCUCACCGCAGGCAGCGCCGGUCCCUGCACCCAGCCCCCACACAGCCGCUGCCGAGUCCCCUCCUGCUGGCACCCUCUCGCACGGCCAGGCCUCCUGCAAGAGCCCUCACCUGCCCCCCGCCAACGUGCCGCUUCUGAAGAUGCCACCUCCGCUUUCAGGCUGUGCCCACCCCUGCAAUGGGCACUGCAGCGGCUCCCUGGUGCCACCAGCUGCCCCGCACCAGAUGCCCAGCACUAACAGGGACCCCGUGUGCAAAGGACACAAGUUCCCCAAUGGUACCAGCUGCCACCCGCCACAGUCGUGCGAGGCGGACGAGGGGCUCGGGGAGGAUGAGGACAGCAGCUCCGAGCGCAGCUCCUGCACCUCCUCCUCCACCAACCAGAAAGACGGGAAAUUCUGUGACUGCUGCUACUGUGAGUUCUUCGGCCACAACGCGCCCCCUGCGGCCCCCACGAGCCGGAACUAUGCCGAGAUCCGGGAGAAGCUGCGCUCCCGUCUCACCAAGAGGAAGGAGGAGCUGCCACAGAAGGUGGGCCACAGCAGCAGCUCGGGGGAGCCAGCCGUGGAUCACCGGGACGUGGAUGAGCUCCUGGACUACAUCAACAGCUCGGAGCCCAAGCCCCUGAACAGCGCCAAGGCCGCCAAGCGGGCCCGGCACAAGCAGAAGAAGAAGGAGAAGGAGAAAGCCCAGCUGGAGGCGGAGGCCCAGAAGCGGGUGGCGCGCGGCCCUCUGGCUGGCCAGGACAGGGAGCUGGCGGAGGAGAAGCUCCUGGAGUGGCCCCAGCUGGAGCUGGAGCGGGUGAACAGCUUCCUCAGCAGCCGGCUGCAGGAGAUCAAGAACACCAUUAAGGACUCCAUCCGUGCCAGCUUCAGCGUCUACGACCUCAACCUGGACGUCGCUGACUUCCCCAAGAAGGCGGCCGUGUUGGAGCAGAAGACUCUGCUGUCCCACCUCAACGGCUCCUCGGGCCUUCAGGAGAUCGACCUGGAUCUCUCCCCUCUGAGCCUGGGCUCCCCCAAGAACCACAUGCUUCUGCGGAGCGAGCUGGGCCCCCGCUGGGGAGAGGGCCCCGGGGAGGGGCCGCCGCAGGCCGAGAACGGGGUGGUGAAGCGCCUGAGCGCGGUUCCCAAUCUCUCCCGGAUGAUCUGGGUCCAGUCCCCCCAGCCGACAGACUGUGCCCAGGAGAGCGGCGGGCCCGGCUUGGAGUGCAAGGAGGUGGCACCGGCCAAGGGCCCGGAGCAGCAGGAGCAGGCCCCGGUGGGGGGCAGGCCGAGGAAGAACAAGCGACAGAGCUGCCAGGCGAAGAAGGGGGAAGGCACCGCGGUGCCCAGCGCCCAGGCCGGGCUGGAGAGUCCCAGCUCGAAGGGGCUGGUGCUGGGAGCCAAGCACCCUUCGAAGCCUGGAGGAGUGCCCACGCUGCGGAGGGGGAGUGGCUGUGUGGAGCCAGCGGAGAGCGCCAAGGGGCAGGGCUGGGGCUGCAGCAGUUCCAGGCCCGAGAAGGAGAGGAGCAGCGAGUGGAAAGGCCGGAGGGGCGAGGGCAAAGCAGAGCAACCGGAGCUGAUGCAGUCACCUCCCCCUGCUGCUGGGGACCGGCAGCCCCCCCACCCCGCCACCCUGGGCAGCUCCCCCCAGCCCAAGGGCAAGAGCAGGAAGAGCAGGAGCAGGAUGGAGAAAUCCAACACGUCCAUCGAUGACGUGUUCCUGCCCAAAGACAUGGAUGGGGUCGAGAUGGACGAGACGGACCGAGAAGUAGAGUACUUCAAGAGGUUCUGUCUGGAUUCUGCUAAGCAAACUCGGCAGAAAGUGGCCGUGAACUGGACCAACUUCACCCUGAAGAAAACCACUUCGAGUGCAGCUCAGUGA